AUGUUGUCUCGCAUCCCCUUGGCCAGUGUGUUGGGCCUUGCCUUGACGGGCAUCCACACCGCGGCCGCCUACAACAUUACAGAUGACACUGUCUUUUAUGGCCAGUCACCAGCCGUUUAUCCUUCACCCAAUGGCACCGGCGCCGAUGGAUGGGCUGAUGCCUAUCAAAAAGCCAGAGCAAUGGUUUCUCAGUUGACAGUCGAGGAAAAGGUAAACAUUACGAUCAGCAUUCCACAGUAUGAGGACAAGGAAACUGGAUGUGAGGGUAGAGUCGUCGGUAUCCCGCGUGUUGGAUUCCCUGGUCUCUGUCUCGCCGAUGCCGGCCAUGGUCUACGGAAUGCCGAGUUUGUGAGUGGCUGGCCCAUUGGGCUAAGUCUCGGAGCCAGUUGGAACCGGGAGUUGGUCCGUCAGAAAUCCGUUGGCAUGGCUGCCGAGUUCAAGAAAAAGGGCAUCAAUGUCAUCUUUGGUCCUGUCAUUGGUCCUCAGGGCAAAAUCGCCAAGGGAGGACGAAACUGGGAAGGUUUCAGCAGUGACCCUUGGCAUACUGGCCAGUUGGCAUAUGAAUCUGUCCAGGGAAUUCAUGAGGCUGGUGUCAUUGCCAGCGUCAAGCACUUUGUCGCCAACGAACAGGAAACGCGGCGUAGUACGAGCACCUUCUUUUAUGAGGACUCGACCACUACGCAGGCCAUCUCCUCCAAUGUCGACGACAAGACAAUGCAUGAAUUAUAUGUUUGGCCUUUUGUAGACGCUCUCCAUGCUGGGGCAGCUAACAUCAUGUGCUCGUACAAUCGUCUCAACAACUCGUAUGGGUGUCAGAACAGCAAAAUGAUGAAUGGUGUCCUCAAGACAGAACUUGGCUUCCAAGGCUUUGUCAUUACUGAUUGGGGCGCUCAACAUGCUGGUGUUGCUACUGCCUUGGCCGGUAUGGAUAGUGCUGCAUUGCCUGAAGGCGGAGAUUAUGGUACCAUGUUGUGGGGUCAGAACCUCACGCUUGCGGUCCAGAAUGGAUCAGUUCCAGAGACUCGUCUCGAUGAUAUGGUGACUAGAACACUCGCUGCGUGGUACAAACUAGGCCAAGAUCAAGACUUUCCUGCACCAGGCAGCGGAUUCCCUGCUGAUCACACCCUGCCGCAUGUGUCCAUUGACGCUCGCGACCCGGCUUACGAUGACGUCCUGCUCCAGGGUGCUGUCGAGGGACAUGUUCUGGUCAAGAACAUUGGAAAUGCCCUUCCUCUGAAAAAGCCCAAAAUGCUCGGUAUCUAUGGCUACUCUGCCAGAAGUCGACCUUACUUUCAACCCAAUGAUGUCCUCGGGCCGCUUUUGACCGACGACCAUGCUCUAGACGGUGUUGUAAUUGAUGUCAAUGGAACAAUCUACUCGGGUGGCGGAUCCGGUGCUACAUCGCCUUGGCUCGCCGUCUCUCCCUGGGAUACUCUGCUGCAACGGGCACGCCAUGAUCGCACAGCGCUCUACUGGGAUUUCGAGAGCGCCAACCCACAAAUCAAUGCCAACAUUGACGCUUGCCUGGUCAUGGUAAAUGCCUAUGCCACGGAGGGCACCGACCGGGACGCCUUGCGGGACGACUAUACCGACUCGCUCAUUCUGAAUGUCGCCAAGAACUGCACCAACACGAUCGUCGUGUUCCAUAACCUGGGGGCACGUCUUGUCGACACGUUUGUAGAUCACCCCAACGUCACGGCCAUCAUAUUUGCCCACGGGCCCGGUCAAGAGAGUGGCAAUGCGCUCGUCUCUCUCUUGUACGGCGAUGUCAACUUUAGCGGCAAGAUGCCCUACACUGUCGCCAAGAAUGAGAGUGACUACGGCGACUUGUUGAACCCCAGACAAGGCGUGGAGCCAUACUAUAUCUAUCCUCAGGAUAACUUUACUGAAGGCGUCUUUAUCGAUUACAAAGCGUUUGACAAGGACAAUAUCGAACCACGCUACGAAUUUGGCUUUGGCCUCAGUUACACCACAUUCAACUAUACUGGCCUCACAAUUACAAAGAAAGAUAGCACUGAUUUGAGUCAAUACCCGACCGGCGAGGUUCUUCAAGGCGGUCCGUCUGACCUGUGGGACAUUGUAGCCACGGUUACUGCCACCGUCACCAACACUGGCGGCGUUUCAGGAGCCGAGGUCGCCCAGCUCUACUUGGGGCUGCCAGGCGACGAGGACGUGACCCCCGUACGCCAGUUGCGGGGGUUUGAAAAGCCCUUCUUGUAUGCAAAUCAGAGCGUCAUCGUCUCGUUCCCGCUCACUCGACGUGACUUGAGCUUCUGGGACGUGGUGGCUCAAAAGUGGUCCCUUGUCAGCGGUGAUGUGGCCGUCGAGGUUGGCUCUAGUAGUAGGAAGCUGCCUCUGACAGGUACUCUGACUUUGUAA